UAACUGUGAUCACAACAACAACAUUUUAAAGAAAAACGUGCUACCGGCCUACGACGACCGAGGUUUCGAAGCAAAUUUACUUGUUUAAAGUAUGGAUCCCCACAAAAGACACCUCAAAAAGUUAAAAAGACUUCAAACUGUAAGAAAGCAGAAGCUCAAAGAAAAAAAGAAAGAGUUAAAAAAGACAAAAAGGAUAAGCAGAGAUGGUGAAAACGGAAACGUUGCCGAAGAAGAAGACAGUUUUUCGAACGACGUUACUCCUGGGGAAAAAGAAAACAUCGUUGAGAACACUGCUUCAGAAAGUGCAGGAAAGAAUCAAAUGCAAAAAAGAACUCGAGAUGUGGACAUCAAAGAUGCCAUAGAGAACACAGACUCAAAGAAGGCAAAGGCAGAAUCAAGUUGCACAAUUGAUGCUCAAGAGGAGAAUGAAGAUAGUGAUGAAAAUCAGAGCUCUGAAACAGAAGAUAAAAAGGACAACACAGAAACUAGCACUAUAUCAAAUGAAUCAACUUUACCACCAAGCCAAGAGUUUCAGUCUUUAAAAGACCUUGUUUCUGAAAAGUCUUUACAAGCAAUCAGAGAAAUGGAAUUUACUAAAAUGACUGAAAUCCAAUAUAAAACAGUAAUGCCUUUACUAGCUGGGAGGGAUCUACUUGGAGCUGCAAAGACAGGGAGUGGGAAAACCUUAGCAUUCUUAUUGCCUGCCGUUGAGCUCCUUUACAAAUUGAACUUCAAACCAAGAAAUGGAACUGGUGUAAUAAUCAUAUCUCCAACAAGAGAAUUAUCACUUCAGACUUUUGGGGUUUUGAGAGAUCUCCUGGUACACCACCAACACACUUUUGGUAUUGUUAUGGGUGGGGCAAACAGAAAAGCAGAGGCUGAAAGGCUCCAAAAAGGGGUUAAUAUUUUAGUAGCUACACCUGGAAGGCUGCUAGACCAUCUGCAAAACACCUCGGGGUUCAUUGUGAAAAAUCUCCAGUGCUUGAUAAUAGAUGAAGCAGACAGGAUAUUGCAAAUCGGAUUCGAGGAAGAAAUGAAGCAAAUUGUCCGACUGUUACCAAAGAAGCGACAAACAAUGUUGUUCUCUGCAACGCAAACUCGCAAAGUUGAAGACCUUGCGAGAUUAUCAUUGAAGAAAGCACCAUUAUAUGUUGGUGUGGAUGAUCAUAAAGAUUCUGCUACUGUAGAGGGUUUAGAGCAGGGCUACAUCGUCGUGCCUUCUGAAAAGAGAUUCCUGCUUCUGUUCACUUUUCUGAAGCGAAAUUCAAAGAAAAAAGUGAUGGUUUUUUUCUCGUCGUGUAAUUCUGUAAAGUACCAUGCAGAGCUUCUGAACUAUAUCGACAUCCCCGUUCUUGAUAUCCACGGAAAGCAAAAACAACAAAAAAGAACAAGUACUUUCUUUGAAUUCUGCACAGCAGAUUCUGGGAUUUUACUUUGUACAGACGUGGCAGCUAGAGGCCUUGAUAUUCCGGAAGUGGAUUGGAUUGUCCAGUAUGACCCGCCUGAUGAUCCAAAGGAAUACAUCCAUCGAGUCGGUAGGACAGCACGUGGGGUUGAAGGAAAAGGCCGCGGGCUGCUGUUCUUGCUACCAGAGGAACUUGGUUUCUUACGAUAUUUAAAACACGCAAAGGUCACCCUCAACGAAUAUGAUUUUUCUCAAGCCAAAAUAGCUAAUAUUCAGUCGCAGUUGGAAAAAUUAAUAUCGAAAAAUUACUACCUCAACAAAUCAGCGAAAGAUGGCUAUCGUUCCUACAUCCAUGCUUAUGCCUCACACCAGCAUCGGAAUAUAUUCAAUGUUGACAAAUUGGAUCUGCAAAAGGUUGCUUUGUCCUUCGGUUUCAGUGUACCUCCAAGUGUCAACUUCAAGGUUCAUGCAAGCAAAGGAGAAAAAGUUAAAAAGAGAGGAGGCACUAGUUUUGGAUUCCAGAAUAAAAAGCGAUUUGAAAAGGCCAAGCACUUUAAACCUAAAUCAAUUUCCGAUACACGGCAGUUUUCUAGAUAGCAUUCUGCCUAACUUCCCAAUUCAUACUUCGUUGCCAUACUUCAGAGGAACUGUUACAUUUGACUAAGAAUUUACUUCUUUCAAAACCAGUUUGCCUCUAAUAUUACGUUUUUGCAACCUUUUUUACUCCCUAUAUCGACCAUCUUUCAUUUGCUAUUUUUCCUCUAAAGUAAGCACUUUUCUCGCCUUAUAAAGAAAUGUUUUUAAAGAUCUCAAUGUAUCUAUCAUACUUUAACAAAGUCCUGUUAUUUUCGAAUCUUUAUGAAAAUCUUUAUUAUGAAAA